AUGGCUUUGUGUGAAGCCUCUAUCGCGCCUGUGCCGACGGCAACCGACUUUUUGGACAUCGUCCUCUCCAAAACUCAACGAAAAACUCCGACCGUCGUUCAUCCAGGAUGGAAGAUUACACGUAUCCGUUCAUUCUACAUGCGAAAGGUCAUGUUCACCAAAGAUGCAUUCACAGAAAAGCUUGAUGCAAUUUUGGCCGAUUUCCCAAUCUUGGAUAACUUGCAUCCUUUCAUUUCAUCCUUGAUGAAUGUCUUGUAUGACAAGAACCACUACAAGCUCGCACUUGGUCAAUUGAACACCGCUCGCCAUUUGAUCGAACAAGUUGCAAAGGAUUACAUUCGUUUGAUCAAAUUUGGUGACUCCCUUUACCGAUGCAAGCAACUCAAAAGAUCCGCUCUUGGUCGUAUGGCCACAAUCAUGAAGAGACAAAAGGACCCUUUGGCUUAUUUGGAACAAGUUCGUCAACACAUUUCCCGUUUGCCUUCCAUUGAUCCUUCCACCCGUACAUUGCUCAUUUGCGGAUACCCAAAUGUAGGAAAGUCUUCUUUCAUCAACAAAGUCACAAGAGCAGAUGUAGAUGUACAACCAUAUGCAUUCACAACCAAAUCUCUCUUUGUCGGACAUAUGGAUUACAAAUACCUACGUUGGCAAGUGAUCGAUACACCUGGUAUCUUGGAUCACCCUUUGGAGGAAAUGAACACCAUCGAAAUGCAAAGUAUCACCGCAUUGGCACAUUUGCGGAGCACCAUUCUCUACUUUAUGGAUUUGAGUGAACAAUGCGGUUACACGAUUGAAGCACAGGUUCAAUUGUUCAACAGCAUUAAGCCUUUGUUCAACAACAAGCCAACAUUCGUCAUCAUAAACAAGAUCGAUGUCCAGAGACUGUCCACUUUGGACCCAGAGCGAGCAGCUUUGGUCAAUUCGAUGGUGGAAGAAUCCAACGGCAAGAUCAAAAUGAUGGAAAUCUCUACAUUCACGGAAGAAGGAAUUAUGGAUACCCGAAAUGCAGCGUGCGAUGCUCUCUUGGCUAUGCGUUUAGAGACAAAGGCAAAGGGCAACAAGAUGAAUGCAGUCUUGAACCGCAUUCACGUAGCACAACCCAAAUCUCGGGAUGGUGUGGAACGUAAGCCUUUCAUUCCCGAAGUCAUUGCAAACGGAAAUCGUAAGAAAUACGAUCCAGAAGAUCCAGAAAGAAGACUUAUCGAACGUGAUGAUCAAGAAGCCAAAGGAGGUGCAGGUGUAUACAACAUUGAUACGAAGAAGAGAUACUUGCUCGAGAAUGAUGAUUGGAAAUAUGACGUUAUUCCAGAAGUUCGCAAUGGUAAGAAUGUUGCCGACUUUAUCGAUCCAGAUAUUAUGGAAAAACUUGAUGCUCUAGAACAAGAAGAAGAAAAACUUGAGCAAGAAGGAUUCUAUGAUGUUAGCGAGGAUGAAGAAGAAGAUGACGAAAUUCGUGAAAUUCGUGAAGCUGCAGAAGCAAUCAGAAGAAGACAAGAAGAGGCUAAAUUAGCCAACCAAGACCGAAAGAAGAUCAAGAAACGUUCCCUCAUCCCACGUAAGAUGCAAACACGCACGCUCAGUGAAAUGGCAGAUAAACUACGCAGCCUUGGUAUUGACCCAAGCAGCGUAACAGCAAGAGCUGAAUUAUUGGCAAAGGCAAAGGGAUUGAACGUUUCAGGAGAGAAGCGAAAACGUUCUGCAGGCGGAGAUGACGAAGACGAAGAUAUGCAAGAAGCCAUGGAAGAAGAUUGGCAAGAUGAUUCGGAUGGUGAGAUGGACGUUGAAGAUGGCGAAGGAGCAUCUUCACGUAAGAAAUUGGCAAAAUCCAACGAAGGUUCAAGAUUAUUACGAGCACGUUCAGCUACUUCUACUUUGGCGAACAGAACCAAAUCCGGUGGCGUUCCAAACGCUCGUGCUGGUCCUGUUCGUGUCCCUGCUCGUAAUCGUGCAACGGAUGGUUUGCGUGAUAAGGUACAAGAAGAAAAAGUACGUGAGCUCAAAGAUCUCAGUUUGCGUGAACGUAAUAGAUUGGCCAAAGCCAGUGAAAGUGAUCGUGCAAUCAAGACAAAGAUGCCCAAAUGGUUAUACUCUGGUAAACGUAAACAGGGUACAAACAAUAGGCGUUAA